AAAAAGGUUUUGUUCUUUGGUUUCAAUGUAUUAUGGAAUAUUUUAUUGUAUAAUAAUAUGACACAUUCUGACACAUUCUAAUAAUAAUAUUGUAUAAUAAUAUAAAAACACUAGCAUGGUUUGUAUCAUUGAAUGAAAAGUCCUUUUGAACUCCUUAUGUUCCCCAUAAUCAUGUUUUAAUUGUAAUAUAAUAUUUUGAUGUUUUAUAAAUUAAAUGUAAUCAAAAAAAUAUGUUACUUUAAAAUUUGUUUGAAAGGGAAGUCAAGUUCAUAAAAUGCAUUAUUUAGUCUUCUUCCCUUCUUUGUCUGAAGAAGUGGUCUCAAAUUGCAGUCCUCGGUGGCCAGAGUUGUGCAACUUUUACACAUCUCUGCUUCAGCACACCUGGCUCCAAUAUGAACUGAUUAGCAGAGCUAAGCUAGUGAGGCAGUUUCACCAUUGAAUUCAAGUGGGUAGGACAAGACACACUUCUAAACGUUGCAGGACUCUGGCAAUUAAGGAAUGCAGUUUAAGAUCAUUAAUGUGAAGACUUCCACUUUGUAUGUUUCAGGGGGAACCAUUGACAUCACUGUUCAUGAAGUUUUUGAAGGAGGAUUUCUGAAGGAGCUGCACAAAGCUUCAGGAAAUGAUAGGGGAGGACAAACUGUGGAAAGAAAAUUUAAAGAGUUCCUUAAAAACAUAUUCUCUCCUAAAAUCUGGGAUGAGUAUGAAGAAAAGUAUCCCAGUGAGGUUAGAAGAAUUAUGUAUGACUUCACACUUUUCAAAAGAAAAGAUGAAGAUAUGGAAAUAAUCUGUCCAAUGAAUCUGGGAAUGAUGGCUCAGAAAAAACAGGACAUGGAAGAAUUUUUUAAACAAGUCCAAGGAGCAUCUUAUGAUGAUGGAGUAAUUAAAAUAUCAAAGCAGACACUGAGAUCUUUCUUUGAAGAGAGUCUGUGGAGCAUCAAUAAGAAUCUCAGAGAAAUCUUUGACAAAACCCGCAGCAUUAAAUACAUUCUGUUAGUGGGAGGUUUUGCUGAAAGUCAGAUUCUACGGAGACACAUUACUGAUGAGUUUAUUGGCAACUGCAAAGUUCUGUGUCCUUUUAGGCCCCAAGAAGCCAUUUUAAAGGGAGCUGUAGAGUUUGGAAGACACCAAGGUGCAGUGGCAUCAAGAAAAAGUCUCUAUACUUAUGGGGUAGGUACCUCAGAGAGGUUUAAUCAGUCAAAGCACAGAGAAGACAAGAAAUACACAAACAAAGAGGGGGACUGGUGUAGCAACAUUUUUGUAAAACUGGUUGAAAUUGAUGAUGAUGUUGGUUGGAAUGAAACCAAAGAGUACUCCUUUUAUCCUGUAGAAAGAGACCAAACACGGAUAAAUUUUCAUUUUUAUCGCACAAAUAAAAACAAUCCCAUGUAUAUAGAUGAGCCAAACGUGGAAAAAAUUGGCUCAUUUGUUGUUGAGUCUCCUGACACUUCAAUUGGGAUGGAUCGUUUGAUCGCCCUAGAAAUGAAGUUUGGCUUUACAGAAAUGACAGCAACAGGCACUGACAGAGAGUCAGGAUCAGUACACACAGUCAAGCUAAAUUUCAUGACAAAUUAAUUAUAGAAUACAAACACGCCAAAAUUAAAAUGCAAGGAACAAGAUGCACAGUACAAACAUGUAAGAAAUCUAAAUUGGCCUUACUUUAAUAUUUAAUUUGAGUUUACAAUACCAAAUUAUUAAAACUGUCCAUCUAAGAAAAGUAAAAUAUUAAAAAGUAUAAUAUAUUCAAAUAUUAACCCUUGUGCUGUUUUCACCCUUCUAAAAGUUUAGAAGAAAAGGCUGAAAAAUUCUAAAGAGACAGAAAAAAUGAAAAGUGAUCUGGCAAUCUGCAUUAAUAAAUGUAAAAAACUACCAGUAAGCCUGGAGUCUGAGAUCAAAAUGAUUUGCAGGUAACAGGUGGAACAAUCAGUUCUCCAGAGUGACAUUGCUGUUGAUAAUUCAGGGCUUCGCACACAGUCUGUCCAAAAAAGUCACACACCAUUUUUUUCUUGGACUACCUUUAGUUGUGAUUACAAAACAUGUUUCCUCUGGCAUUAUUGCUAAAGACUCCUGCAAUGUUAUAACCAUUAUUUCUAUGUAGAGUUGUGUAACGGUUUUGCCAAGAUCUUGUAGAAAUUAUGGGAGAAUCUGACCACAGUGCAAAUGACCAUUGGACCAUCUAAAAUGCAUCUUCAUUUAAAAAAUAAGAAGCUACUCACUGCAUCAAUUAGGGUUAAAAAACGUUAAAAGCUAAAACAUAAUCAUCCACACAGUAAUUAUGCAAAGCAGGAUUUUAAUUAUUUACUAAUCUAGGUGGUGACUUCUUUUAGAUGGGUAUGCAAGAAAUUCAAUUUUGAAACCUACACUGAACAAAAAUAUAAACCUCCCAUGUCAAAUAUAAGAGUUUUAUGACCAUUUGUGUUACACAACAAAUAGAGAAACUCAAAAUAUAUUUCUUUUUCGCAUUGAUAACAUGGUUGUAUGGCCAUUUGUAGCAGAUUGACAGUCCUUUCAAUUUGCUCCUGCAUAACUUGCAACACCUGAGGCAUUAUGACUUGUGACAAAAUUUGACAUGGAUGUCCUUUUAUUGUGGAUUGUCCAGUUGUUCAUUUUGUCUGAACUGUCAACUGAGUAAUGCUCACUGACAGUAAGUUGAAUUAAGAAUUAAACACAAAUAAAGGGAAAUAUUAGUUUUGUACAAUAAAAUGUCAGCAAAUGCUCAUUUACAGUUGUUAACUUACAUGGCAACAAUAUUUGACAUGUGGUGUUUAUAUUUCUGUUGACUAUACAUAAGAUACAGUCAGCAAGCAGUCAAUAAAGACAAACAAAAUGUGAAGAAAUAUCUUUCCAUCCAGAAGUUUUGCUUAAGCAUUUUAGCUAAAUAUAAUAUUCAAAGAUGUAGGUGCUUACAAGAAAAAAAAACAAAAAAAUUGAGGAUUGAAGUAAAGAUUUCUAGAACUUUUUUUCAGUCUAUCUUUGCCUGUUUUUCACAUGUAAAUGGAACAAGUCCUAAAAACCGUUUUAAUACAGAGAUCAAUAAAAUAAGUCCUGUUCCCUUUACAUAUUUGGUGGAGGGGGGUCAAAGAAAUGCAAUUCACACUAAAUUAGUUUGUUCUCCUUUAGUUCAAAGAUGGCCACUUCUGUCUUUUCUGAAUGUAAAAGCAGUACAAUAAAUAAUAAUCCAGGCUGCAAUAUAUUUAAGAGAUGUGAUGUUGAUUUUCUUUGUUCUGCUUUAUGAAUAAAAAUAGUUGAGUAUCAUCAGCAUAUACAUCCUGCAGUGUGCAAAAAAACGAAGCAACAUGUAGACUAGUGUAAAGAAUAUAAUGAGAACAUUUAAGUUUUGUAUUUCUAUUUCUUUCAUGCAUUUAUGAUGUAAAAUAAUUCAGCUGUAAUAAAACUUAUUCUUUCUACCAAUUUUCUUCUGUUUUAAAAUUUGUGGAAAAAAACUGAACAUUGUUUUUUAAUAUUCUCCUGCAAGGUUGCAGGUUAAUGUACUUCAGAAAUCUAACAUUGCUUUGACCUACUUUUCACAUAAAGUAAAAAUAAAAACCUAAAUAAAAUAUACAUGUUUUCCCAAUCGUUUUUGCUUUCCUGUUUUUGAAUAAAAACAAAGUCACUGUUUGGAGUUCAUGAUCCUAUCUCCUUGGAGUUCCAUUGUCAGAUUUAGUUUUGGUUUUAUUCUUUAUCUUUAGUCUGUUUGGUCAUUUCCAGGCUCCUUGAAGUGAAUUCUGGUUGAGUUAUUUACUGUAAGCUCCUCAACUCAUGUAGUCAUACUUCCCUUCUUAUUCAUUCACUCCCCUCUCAAAUCCUUUUGUUGAAAAGAUUCAUGAAUCAUUUGUGCCUCCUGCUGUUUUCAUGUCUACUUUUUUAAAUAUAUAUUUACUACAACAGUAAUAUGCUCUUUAGGUGUAAAAACACCAGUAAACUCUAUAUUAUAGACAGUAGCCGCGUGUGGCUCAAGUCUGACCUUUUUUGCCUGUAUGUUACCGAACUAAAAAUAUAGAUGCAAGAAUUGUUUUUUUAAGAGACCCAGGGCACUUUUAUAUUAGAUCCAACAUUCAUAUUGUUAGGUAAAUUGUAUAUAUUAUUAUCAAAUAUUUGUUGUUUCAUGUAGCUUUAUAGUUUCACCUAUAUAAUGUUCUUGUCUUAUAUGCCUUUAUUAUUUUCUUUUAUUUCAGCAUAAAGAAUGUUUUUGUGUUGUUGAAUUACUCUGUUUCCUUUCUCAAGAAGGCCUCUCUGAAGAAAAGCAGUGACAACCGUGUUCGACAGGGUUUAUCACUCAGCAGAAACUUCUUCUUCCUUGACCUGUUAGAUAGCUAUAAAACCGUCGCUGUGAAGAUGUACAACUUGCUCUGUUCUACUCUGUGUCUGGAACCGAAUAAUCUAGUGCAAAAUACCAUGUGUUUUAGUUAGUGAUUGUCAUUAACACUGCAACUAAGUGAUGAAGCGUUUUGCCCCCACCCCUUAGAGUUGCAGUGUUGUCUGUGAUAAAGACUCCGAAAGUAUUAAAAAGAGAGGAGCGGACAAAUGUGUUUUCA